AUGGGUGUCGGACGACGUAUGAAAAAGCAGGGCCCUCCCCCUCCUUUGGAUGAAUCAAAAAUAUCGUCAUUGAAAAGAAGAAAGGCUGAACAGGAAGAUGCUGCUCCGAGAGGAAAUAAGCGGCGGAAGGCCGAAGGCAGUGUGGAAGUGAAAAAGUCGCAGGGGCGAAAAGCAAAUGGUACAGCAAUGGCCAAGAACGGCAGUGAAAAGCGGGAAACGUCUGCGAAGAAAAAGCAAAAGAAAGAUACUAUUCCCACUAAAACUUCAGCUAUAGUAUCAAAAGAACUAGAGAUCUCAGACGACGAUGCAGAGGGCCUAAUGGCAGAUGAGUUUGACGAUCUCGAAAAUAUAAGCGCGGAUGGGGUUUCGGAUGAAAAAAAUGAGGAUUCCUCAACUAAUGAGAGCGAUUCUGUUUUUGAUUCCGAGGAAGAUAACACACGCAAAGCAAUGUUCUCGGACGAUGAGGAUGUUUCGGAUGCGGAGGAGAAGCUUACAGCUGCAAAUAUAGAGGGGCUAUCAAGGAAAUUGGACAAACAGCAACGGGAGGAAGCUGAACUAGCGGAACAAGAAAUCAAGGAUUCAGCAAUGCAAACGAACAUCGAGGGCGACCGUCCCGAUCUAUUUGGGGAAGAAACUCAGCAUAAUCUGCCUCCAGGUUUAGCCCCUGACCUCCAGCUUCUUCGAACUCGUAUAACAGACACUAUUCGUGUUUUGGGCGACCUUUCCACUCUUGGACAGCCUGGAAAAUCACGGGCCGAUUAUACAGACCUUCUCUUACGGGAUAUAUGCACAUAUUACGGCUACACACCGUAUCUCGCAGAGAAGCUAUAUUCUUUAUUCACACCCAUGGAAGCAUUUGCCUUUUUUGAAGCAAACGAGUCACCGAGACCAGUCGUUAUUCGAACAAACAGCCUCCGCACAAAUCGUCGCUCGCUAGCCCAGGCUUUAAUCAACCGCGGCGUGGUUUUGGAACCUGUUGGAAAGUGGUCUAAAGUUGGCUUGCAAGUAUUUGAGUCCCCCGUGCCAUUGGGUGCCACACCUGAAUACCUUGCUGGCCACUACAUUCUCCAAGCAGCUUCAUCCUUUCUCCCCGUUAUGGCGCUUGCACCUCAACCACAUGAACGCAUCCUGGAUAUGGCGGCAGCUCCUGGUGGUAAAACUACAUAUAUGUCUGCAUUAAUGCGAAAUACUGGCUGUGUUCUGGCAAACGAUGCAAAUAAAGAACGAGCGAAGGGUCUGAUUGGCAAUAUCCAUCGCCUUGGGUGCAAAAAUACCAUUGUAUCUAAUUUGGACGCUCGGACAGCAUUUCCUAAGGCGCUUGGCGGCUUUGACCGUGUUUUGCUUGACGCUCCUUGCUCAGGCACUGGCGUUAUUUCCAAGGAUCCCAGCGUGAAAACAUCUAAGACGGAGCGUGAUUUCCUUGCCCUCCCGCAUACCCAGAAACUCUUACUUCUCGCCGCUAUCGACUCUACCAACCAUGCAUCUAAAACCGGUGGAUUCAUUGUCUACUCAACAUGCAGUGUGACAGUGGAGGAAAACGAAGCAGUGGUGCAAUACGUAUUGCGCAAAAGGCCAAACGUCAGGAUCGUCGACACCGGGUUGGGAACUUUUGGGAGCGAGGGUUUUAAGAGCUACAAAGGCAAACAGUUCGACGCUAAAAUGUCCAUGACAAGGCGGUACUUUCCCCACCGUGAGAAUGUUGACGGCUUUUACGUCUGCAAACUAAAGAAAUUCGGUCCUUCUCCCGCGGAGGCAAAGGGCCCUACAGUGGAGAAAACUGCUGGUGAAGGACAUGAAGCCCACGUAGAGUAUGACAAAACUCCUAUCGUUGACCAAAACGACAAACAGGCCGAUGCUGGUUUUGGGCCCUUUGAUGACGACGAAGAUAAGUCGUACAUUGAGCGAUCGGAGCGCAAUAGAAUACGACGGAAGGGGCUUGACCCCAAAGCAGUACUUGAUGGGAAAAGGGGGAAAAAGGACGAACAGCGCAGCAAGCAUCAAGCUUCAGGGGAUGAAAAGAAACCGAAACAAAAAGGCAAGAAAAAUUCCGCAAAGGCUAUGUAG